ACGCAGUGACACCUCGUCACACGAUUCAUAAGUGAGCCGGAGAAAAAGUUGAGAAGCCACUUGACCUGGAAACUGUCGCCCUGUCGGAGCUCCAGUCAUUCAAUCGCAAUGUCUCGUUGGAUCCGGGUUGUCAGUGCGUUGGUGCUUUGCGCAGUUUAUUCAAACGCGGAAAUCACAGUAAAUCAACCGCCUUCGAAGUCCACCUCUCCGGGACAGAACGUCGAAAUCACCUGUACCAUGUCCGGCGCUAGUUUAGGGAGUGGCACUGUCUCCUGGUACCAGCAGAUUCCCGGAAACACUCCCCGGCUUGUGGUAGCCUAUUAUUCCGGCAGUAGCGUUUACAGAGGCCCGGGAAUUCCAGACCGUUUCUCCGGCUCAGUGUCAGGCAACACUGCGACAUUCACAAUAUCGAACGUUCACUCGGAGGACGCUGCGGACUAUUACUGUGCCAUGUGGAGCAGCGGUUUAUUCUUCGGCAAAGGAACGAGGCUGGGCAUUGGCAAUCCCCGUGCACCCUCUGUGUCUCUACUCCCACCUUCAGCGGCGGAGGUCACAGGAAAGGGAACUGCGACUCUGGUGUGUUUGGUGAACGGGUUUAAUCCGGGCACUGUGGACAUUCAGUGGACUAUGGACGGCAGUGAGAGAAGGGAUGGUGUUGAGACCAGCCGGGUCCAGCAGGAGACGGACAACACAUUCAGUACGAACAGUUACCUGACUCUGCCAGCCUCAGUCUGGAACUCACACGAGCGUUUCUCCUGUGUGGUUAAACACGAGACUCAGGCAAACCCGAUUAAGGCAAACAUCGCGAGAUCCAGCUGUAUCUGAUAUUUGGAACGUGAGCUGAACUGGCAAAUUGUUUACCACUUUUUGUUCGUUUCAGGUGGCAAAGGGAUAGAAAUGCGUUAGAUUUCGAAGUUUUAAUAAAGAAAUAGCCAUGGAAGUUGAAACAUUGAUUUGUAUGACUUGGUGACUUUAAAUGUUGUUGCAAGGCUGUUGCAGUUGAUUGAAGCCAUAAGAUGAAAUAAUCUUCCUUUUGUGCAUUGAAUAACAUUAGACAAAGGCACGGCUAUUGCUAUUGUACCCGAAGUAUUGUUUGUAGUCGUUGAAUAAAAUUAUUGAACUGAUUUGAAAUGCAA